CGACCGUGCGGCAGUCGAAACACGACGUCGGCCCGCGACUGAUUAACGUGAUUCCGAGGCCCGCACGCUGGGCGCCCAAGUGUGCAACAGCGGCCUCUUUCUCUUGUGAUCUCGUGCGAAAAUUACAGUGUUGUUGUUUACGGAAGAAGCAGCCGCAGAUUCUUGUUUCUUUUAUUUUUCGUGCGCAGCGUACAACGAGAGAUGGUACGUGGACAGCGUUACAACUGCUGACGGCCGAGCAACAAUACCAGGAGCAAAUAUCACGUAAUACAUAAGCGCGAGAAUCAUCAGAGCCAAGAUGAAGUCGUACGACAUGAGCCGCCUAUUACUUCUACUUUUCCUUUGUGGCUCGGACUCGGUACACGGCGAUUGCUUAUUGAAAAGGCAGGCGUCAGUAGAAUGUGCUGACCUUGAAGAUGCGAGGUAUAUUGAUACCUAUCAGCUACAUACUCUUCGAGCGUCAUCAUCAGGAGAGACACUGGCACCAGGCAACUUUAUAAAUCUGACGAGUUUGCGAUACCUUGACCUCUCGAAUGGCAAUAUCGAAACCAUCAAGACUGGAAGCUUUGCAAACUUACGUUCAUUGAUGACUUUGCACCUGGAAAAUAAUCACAUUACCCAUCUAGAAGCCGGAGCUUUCAAUGGAAUGAAACAUCUGCGUAAUUUGCAUUUGUCAGGCAAUAAGAUUAAACGAUUACCCUCGGCCUUGAUGGGUUUAAAAGAGUUGAAAUAUUUGGAUGUAUCCGAUAAUCCUUUGAAUUGUAACUGCGUAAGUAUGAAACUUAGAGAUUCUCUUCUGGCUCGUGGUGUGAAAAUUUCAAAGAAAACUCGAUGCUUGGAACCAGUUUCUUCCAAAGGUUUAUCACUGUUGAAGCCUGAUACAAAGAUGACUUGUGUGUUUGAAACCCAAGAUUUGGAGAUGCAAGGAGAUCAACCAUCAGAGGAUAGAAUCGACGCCACUGGCGAUGAAGAAUUUGGUCAAAUUGCAGACGAUGAUCUCGCAGGUGAGGAAAAAGAGCUUGAACAGCCUGCAGAGAUAACCGAAGAAGAAACACCAUCUCCACUUUCGCAGUCUGAGGAUCCAUCUACUCAAAUAGAAAUGUUGUCAUCAUCUACAUCGUCUGCAGGCUUAUCUACUGACGGAUUAACAUUAUUUUCAUCUACGUCGUCUAACGGUUACUCUUCUGACACAGAAAUGUCGUCUCUGCCUACAUCAUCUCAGGGUUCAUUUAUUGAAGCUGAAACAUCAUCCCCAUCUACAUUGUCUGAAAGUUCAUCUACUGUAACUAUUCUGACUACUUUAGCAGAGGCCACGCCUGUAGAAAUUUCUAGUUCUACCAUUGAGACAUCUUCUGAAAAAGAUGAGGAAGUCGAUCUCGAUGCUGCUGUAGUAGAGAAAAAAGAGAGUAGCACGCCAGAUUUAUUUACACAAUAUAUAACCGAAGGUUCUGGAGAAACCGAUGACGAAGGUUCUGGCGAACCCGACGAUGAAGGUUCUGGACUAGAUGUUAUACCUAAAAUAAUUUCUCCCGUUAACGUCGACGAAAUCAAUUUUAAUGAUACCUUAGAAAAUGCAGAUGAUAGUAGUUCUGUUGUCCCAAUUACCUCAAUUACGCCAACUACAACAGACGCCGGCUGGUGGGGAGUAUGGGAUGUUCUAAAUCCUUUUGGAUCAUCUAGUGAUUCAAUAACUACUUCGGCUCCACUUACAACGGAAAAGAAUCCAGAACAACAGGUAGAAGAGGAGCAAUUUAUUCCAUCUGCUACAGAACUAGCAAAAGAUGCUGAGGAAAGUCCCAUAGUUCCAAAGAUUGCAGUACAAGACGAAAGUUUGAGAAAUUCAGUUGAACCACCCACAGGAGACAAUCCACCAGCAGGAGACGCAGUAGUUGGUGCUGCUGAUUCAGCCCCUUCACAAGAACCUCAAAAAGGAACUGGAUCUUAUUACGUGUUGGCUACUCUUUUGGCAAUUCUUGCUAUUCUGAUUGCUUUUGCAGCAUACAAAGGUGACUUCUGUAAGAAGAAACGAAAACGUGGAGAUGUCGAGAGGGGAACUGAAAUGAAAGAUAUGCAAAAAUCCCUUUUGGAACAAAAUGCAGUCCAGCCUAAAGUCCAAGUAUCUAAUGGUAACACUAUGGAAAAUGUUCCACUGAUGAAUAGUACAUCAACGCCAGAAGAGCCUAAAGAGAAUCAGAGAAGCUACGAUAUCUCUCCUGCUCCAGCGACUACUAAUGGUGCCAAUAAAUCUGGUGGAUGGACGACAGAUGUUAUUGACCCUGUAAAGCCACCUAGAAAAGGGUAUGGCCAAGAAAUAGAAGCACCACUCAAUGGUUUGAAUCCUCCGAUGGAUGACAUUGAUGGCCCGACGACAGUAAAUAGUGGAUCGGAUGAUGCUUUAGCUAAUGGUGACUACAAUGGCGAGGUACCACCAUUGAGUCCAGGUGCUCAAAGAGUCAAAAUUACCAUGGGAGAGCUACCCGAAAGCGUGCCGAAGACGCCUAUAUUAAUAACGCGGCUUAAGAAUGGCGACAACCUAGUCAAGACGCCGUGAAGUUGAGACAAACUUAAAACUUGAGUUUGUUUUGAUUUUGUGAUGAAAGAACUCAUUAAGUGCAGCUUAUAUGUGGGGACUGAUAAAUACGAUUUUACACGAUAGAGACGGUGAUAGUUAACUAACGUAAGCUAUGACUUGACUGCCUUUUAUCAAAGCGAUCAAAGUGUUAAGCGAAAGAGUGCAAUAUGUUGUGCCUUCUUAUAGAUAUGGAUUCCUUUCGAGAAGUAAAAUACGAACGACAUUUUGUUAUCAAAGAUGAGCGGACGCUAGUCACUCUUUGUACGAUACUUGUAAUGAACCAAUGACUGUUGUUCAAAAAAAUAAAAUGUUAUAAGAUAUUUUUUGCGAGUGAAAAAGAAAGAGUGCAAUUGUAAUGUUACUUUUUCCUGCCUCUUUGUUGAUAGAACUUUAUCAUUAAUAUUAAUCAAUUGGAUUUAAAAAAACAUCACGCUUAAUUGUUAAGAUAAAUAUUUUAUGACAUGUUUUUAAUUUUUAUUAUUUUUCUUCCCAGUAAAUACAUUCAUUCCGGAUAAUAUACUAUAGGUGAUUCUAAUUUUGAUACAAUAUGCGAUCAUUAAAUGUAGAUAUUUUGUAAUAAAAACAUAUUUUUUACUGCAUGAAAUUGUCUUUUUUCGACUGCAAUUAAUUUUAGGCAUACGCAUAUGUAUGUAUGUGUAAUUAUAAGUCUAUGUUGACACAUGCCAUGAUCAUGGUGUAAUCGAAACGGGGAGCGUAUAGAGCAUGUCUAUAUAAGUUUCUUAACAUGAUAGUGUUAAAUUUUUAACUGUACAACCAGCUUUAUCCUUAAAGUUUAUAUAGGUAUGCUUUACACUUCUCCCAUUUCGAUUUACCGAUCGGCAGCCGAAAACCACGCUAUGAUCAUAGUAUUUUUGUUGAAAUUACACAGAAGUUGAAAACAAUUUUUAUAAUGUAUUUUGUAUUUUUUCAUGGUGUGUAAAGCGUAUACAAUUUCAAAAAUAAUUUUUAUAGCAGUUCAAUGAAUCAAAAGUUAUUUCUUUAUUUAUUUUCAAAAGAUGAAACGUAAAAUUUCAGAUUAGAUGUUUUUAUUACUUAUCUAUUGAUAGUAGUAGUAGUUAUAUUUGCUGAAAAAUAUAUCGAUCAAAGGUUAGUACGUUAUUAGAAUUAAAUAGACUAAUAGUUUUCUUUUAUAGUGCCCAUUACUCAAAAUAUUAGCUUAUUAUUUUAUAAAAUUGUACGCAAUAUUUUAAUAGUGAAGGGUGUGAUUCGUCAAAUGUAAUGAAAAUUAUGUAGAAACAAGUUAUUUUAUUAAAUAAAAUAAUGUCAUAUUUUUUACGACAUGAAAUUAUUUUUAUUAAAUAAAUGUUUUAAAAAAACGUCAAAACUUUAUUCUUUGUUCUUGUGAACGAUUAAGUAUUCAAAAAUAUAACCUACCAUGAAUAAUAUUUAGUGUAAUAAAACAUUGUUGAUUUAUAUGUAGAAUACAGAUUUUUGCGUUAGUGACACAUAGAAUGAAAGGUUUAUAAAGUUUCCGAGAACCGGUGCGUCAAUGAGUAAACUUUUAGAUUUACUAUCACUUGUUAUCUCUUGUAUGUAGCCUAAAUUGAGUUUGUCGACCUUAUCGGACCAACGUAUGUUGUAUUGGCUUGAAAAUAGCUUGUAUUCUUUUAUUGCAGCUUUUAAAAAAAGUGAAACAUCUUUACUAAUGGGCUAUUAUGUCGACGUCCUAAGUAUAUGUACGAUUGUAUAUGUUUUGAAUUAGAAUGAUGAUAAUAUUGUAUGUUACUCUUUGAUUAUAAAAAAAGUAUAUAUAUAUAUAUAUUUAUAUACACACAUAUAUACUAUAAGUAAAAAUGAUUACAAAUACUUUUUUUAACGAAUAUUAUAUA